AUUGAGAAUGGUGUAAAGGUUUUCCAAUGGUGUGUAAACCAUAUGAGAUCAACAAAUACUUUUUUUAAAUUUGAAAUGUGUUUUAAACAAGAUUUGUCAUUGACUCAACUGGGAAAAGUAAAGCCUAAAAGUGAACUUGAUGCUAGUGGGUAGUUAACUGCCGCUGACCGACAACAAGUGGGUAAAAAAAAAAAGGCUUCAUAAAAAGGAAGGAAAUAAGAUCAUCUGUUUGCCUGGUCAACUUCAGACGUUGACGCACUUUUGCAACAGUGCUCAAAUUCUUCAUAACUGGAGAAAUCUGCAACUUUAAAUUAUUUUCAAAGUUAAAGCAUGGACUUCAGACUCAUAUCACUGAUCCUACUUAUACACAUUUCAGGCUGUCUAUCAUUGGACCUUCUCUCUGUGACCUGUGAAGAUGUUUGUGCUCUGAGGGAAAACACUGUGCAGCUGAGAUGUUCUUAUUCUGAAAUCAGCAUCAGAACUGUGUUCUGGUUCAGCCGGAAACAGAGCUCAAACUGGAGAAAGAAAGAUGAACCUGAAGAUUUGACUUUAGACUGGGACUACUCAGGACGGGUGAAGCAGAGGGUCACAAACCACCAUUCAACACUCACAAUUUCAGACCUGAGAGAGAGAGACUCUGGAGAAUAUCAACUCAUGUUCAUGAAGGAUGGAGUUAAACAUCUCAGUUCAGACGCUGUCAAUCUAACAGUCAGAGACCUGCAGGUGAGGAUGAUUCCUGCAACUACAGACCAGACAGAUCAGAGAGUGAUGCCUGCAGUGACCUGUGAUUCUUCCUGUGAUUUGCCAUCCAGACCACAGAAUUACUACUGGAAACAAAAUGGAAAAUAUUUAAAUUUAGGAGAUAAUAUAUACAGAGGCACUAGUUUUCAAACCAAUGGAGCUGGCAGUUACUCCUGUUCUCUUACUUCAGACCAUAAGAUUUCCUCCUCUCCUGUGUAUGAGUGACACUUGAUAUGUUUAUUUAAUGAACAAUAAUAUAACAUCAGUGUUUAUACAUCAGUAAAUAUGGACACGUUUAAAGUCUUUUUUAUUUCAUGAAAAUUGUUUGUGAUUUCCUCAUGCAAUUUGAUUGUGGUGCCAGUCCCAAUACACAUACUUGCAGAUGUUGCACUUGACCCCUCAUCUGUUUGCAUGACAUUUCUUCUUAUUUUGUGACAAACAUUCAUCUUGGUGUAAACAGGCCCUAAUUAGGUCUUAAUUAUGACUUUCACAGCAGGAUUCUGUGUCUCUUUCAGGUAUUUCUAAGGAUCUCUGCUGGGGUGUGACUUACACCUCUAGAA